UUCCCAAUGAAUCUUCCCCCAGACGCCCUCCACGAAAAUGUGUACGCAUUUGCUCUUGCACGAGAUCAAGUCGAAUCAUAUUGUAAUCAAUGCCUUACGAGUAUGGCAGAACUCAAAAAGUGCAGCGCCUGCCGACGGCUUGCUUAUUGCUCACAAGAAUGUCAAAGAGCUGACUGGAAGCUGCAUAAAGUGGAGUGUAAAGCUAUUAAAACUCAUAAUGAAGUUGCGAACGACUCGAUUCGACUCGUAAUGAGAAUUGCCGGAAAGUUGAGCAGAAACGAAGAUGGAGAAAUAGAAGCCUACUAUAUUCCGGGUGUUGCUCGCAAUUUUCAAAAUCUCGAGCAUCAUCCAUCAUCAUAUGACGCCGAUGAAGAGUCUUUUGUAAAAGAAUACUUUCAAUUUGCGAUAGCUCCCCAUCCAGAUCGAGAUUUGAUCAAAUUGAUAUUCCAAAAAGUUUCGAUAAAUAGUUUUGUAGUUGGAAACUCCACGGGAAAUCCAAUCGGUGUUGGAUUGUGCAUUAAGCUGAGCGCAGCUAAUCAUUCCUGCAAACCAUUGACUCGAGUUUGUUAUAGAAAUCGUACCGCAAUGCUGGUUCCAGUUUCAAGUGAACUUCCUUCAACACUGGAAGGUGCUUGUCAUUCUUAUAUAGACGAACUAAUGCCAAGAGAUAUGAGAAGAGAUACAUUAAAAAAAAAAUACAAAUUCCUGUGCCAAUGUGAUGGUUGUCUUGAUGAAGACCGAAACGCACGAAUGGAAGCCUGGACUUGCGGGAUUUGUGUGAAAGGAUGGAUGAGAAACAAGGAAAAUGGUCAAUGUGAACUGUGUGGCUGGACAAUGAGCAAGGAUCAUUUUGAAUUGUGUCGAACGGCAGAGGAAGCUGGCAUCGCCGCACGUUCGAGACUUGCGAAUGAUGCGAUUCCGUUGGAGACGAAGAGAAAUUUGUGUGAAAAAUUGUUAGAUCUAUUUCAAGACACGUUACAUGAUCAUAAUGUUCAUCGUAUUCCUGUGCUCAGAUGUUUGUAUAUUUGCUCAUUGGCGGCACAGAAUAUCACAGCCGCUGCCAAAACCGGCGGAACCCUUCUCUCCAUCAUGCUCGUCUACCAAAACACCACUGAUCCGGCGAUCUUAUUCCAAAAAUAUCAACUUGCCCAACUAUUUUGCGCUGCCGGAGCAAAGACACAGGCGACCAAAUUGCUCCAAGAAAUUGAAGAACCACUGGAAAAGAUUUAUACACCUGAUUCAAUGAUUUGUAGAAACGUGUAUUGUAUGAUUCUAAAAGCUCGAAAUUUAUCCUAAAAUGUGUAUCAUAAUGUGUAUUUUUACAAAUUUCAGCAAUUUUUCCUUAUUUUUUGUUAUGCAAAAUAUUAUUUAUUACCUCAUCUUUUCUCCCCAACUCUCUAUAAUAUUCUUGUAUAUUUCGGUUGUGAAUUCCCAAAUUUGACAUGUUUUAUUGCCAUCAUCUUCCCUUUUUGUUCAAUGAUUUUCCCGUUUUCUGAAAAUUUAAUCAAACUCGGUAAUUAAUGUUUGAAUUGAUG